AGCUGCUGAAGAUCGUCGCCCCGUCCAUAUCUCAGCACAACUUUGAUACUACCCUUAACUACCCUCAACUUGUUCAAUCCGGCAGGUCAGACUCAGCUUCGCACCAUGUAACACAUUGAUUGGCAUAUCUUAGAUAUGCUCUCGGCGUAGUACGCCCCGCAGGUGCUUUCUGCUCUUCGUGCUAUCACCCUCCUAUGAAUGUCCGACUCCGUAAGACCUGCUUGGAUACAUACUCCAAUUGGUUGAAGUGUGGUCUUAGGGAAGUUGAAGAAUGGUGGCUACCCACGUAAUAGUACAGGAUAUUAACACAAGCGGGAGAGAUUGGCGGACACUUAUAUAAAGUGACCGCCGUCUCUGAGACCUAUUCUCGACGUUGGACCUGAGAUAGGUACCUACCUACAUAGCUGGUUCGGUGUUACUAGGUAGCCCACUAUAUAUCUCCCUCUAUCCCAUCCAACAGUAUCUCCUCACUCGCGAGACGUAACCAAGCUGUUCAAACUUCGGUAUCUUCAACAUGAGGUUCUCAUUCACCCUCGGCGGUCUCCUAUCCGCGAGCGCCGUCCUCGCCGCGCCGGCGCCAAUCCCGGUUGCCGAGCCUGUUCCUAUGCCUAUGCCCACUCCCCCCGGCAUCCCAUCCGCCUCGUCAGCGAAAUCGCAGCUCGCCAGCCUGACCGUCAAAGCGGCGGUCGACGACGGCGCAUACAAGCGGGACCUGUUCCCGACGUGGGACACCAUCACGGGGACCUGCAACACGCGCGAGUACGUGCUCAGGCGCGACGGCGCCGGCGUCCAGGUCGGCUCCGACUGCUACCCCACGAGCGGCACGUGGACCAGCCCCUACGACGGCGGCAAGUGGACGUCCCCGUCGGACGUCGAUAUCGACCACAUGGUGCCUCUGAAAAAUGCCUGGAUUUCCGGCGCGAACAAAUGGACCACCGCCAAGCGCGAGCAGUUCGCCAACGACGUCGACCGGCCGCAGCUCUGGGCCGUGACGGACAACGUCAACUCGUCCAAGGGCGACAAAUCCCCCGAUGCGUGGAAGCCGCCUCUACAGAGCUUUUACUGUACUUACGCGAGGGCUUACGUCGCUGUCAAGAGCUAUUGGGAUCUAUCUAUUACUUCGGCUGAGAAGUCGGCUCUAAGCGAUAUGUUGAGUACUUGUUAAGUGAGCUACGCUACGCGGGACUGUUCAGGUAAAGCUGGGGGGAGGGGUGGGAGGCAUCAGACUCGACUUGUCUUAAAAGCGCGAGGUAUUUGGCAUGAUUUUACGCGAACCGAUAUAAGGUAUGAUAACAAACAACAUAAUAAAAUCGUAAAAUCAUGACUCGGGCCUU